AGGUCACGCUCUCCUGUUACUUUGUUCCACUGAAGCACGACGCGAGAUAGAGGAUCAGCGUUCUGUUUUCCACUGUCCAGCUUCCAAGACUUGCUGUUGAAUUCAGUACAUUCAGAGGCUGACUGCAGGGCAUCUUGUUUCCAAUUUCCUUUGAUUCUGUCUCCACCCUGUAUAAGAGAAACUGGGCCUUCAGUUGCUUAAAGCCGACGCUGUGUGCACUGGUGUAACUUCCUGAAUUUCCCCUGAAUGUCCUCCCGGAUUGACAAGUGAUUCGAGUCGCAUCAAACGCAGACGAUAGUCGCUGUGCACCCAGGGCGGGCCCCAGGGAGCACCGCCCCGGCCAUGGGGGACACAGCUGCGGGGGAGGGAUCCCUCGGCGUGAUCCGCGAGGGUCUCGGCGAGGGCCUGAUCGACUCCGAGGUGGCGCGCCGGACCUGCCAGGAGGUGCUGGCCAAGGUCAAGCAGCUGAGGGGAGUAAGCUCAGAAGAAGAAGGUGGAGAAGGAGCGGGGGCCACGGUACCGGGGGAAACGCCGAGGCAGGGAGCCCCCCCUCCGGUUGCCAACGGGCUGUCGGCCCCUCGCAUACGAGAGGAGGAGGAGGAGGAGGAGGACGAUGACGGAGAGGGAGUGACGCAGCGGGCCUGCCACACGGUGAGAGCCGCGCGCCGUCGCCAGCGUUACAACCCGGCAAGACAGUCGUGGCUGCUUCGGCUGUUCGAGUCCAAGCUGUUCGACAUCUCCAUGGCCAUCUCGUACCUGUACAACUCCAAGGAGCCCGGGGUCCAGGCCUACAUCGGCAACCGCCUCUUCAGCUUCCGCCACGAAGAGGUGGGCUUCUACCUGCCGCAGCUCCUCAACAUGUACGUGCACAUGGACGAUGACGUCGGCGACGCCAUCAAACCGUACGUGGUCCACCGCUGCCGUUACAGCAUUGACUUCUCGCUGCAGUGCGCCUGGCUCCUGGGGGCCUACUCCUCGGACAUGCACAUCUCCACCCAGCACCAUUCCCGCGGCACCAAGCUCCGCAAGCUCAUCCUCUCCGAUGAGCUGAAGCCCGCCGCGGCUGGCGGGGUGCCGGGGACCCGCCGGAAGGAGCCCGGGGCCACCGCCACCCCCCACCACCACCGUCACCCCCCGGCGCCGGUGGCCCCUGACGCGGGCCUGUCCCCCUCCAAGCGCACCCACCAGCGCUCCAAGUCGGACGCGGCCGCCAGUGUCAGCCUGGGCGGAGGCCUGAAGCGAACGGCCAGCAACCCCAAGGUGGAGAGCCAGCCGGACGAGCAACCUGCGAGGCUGGGCCCGGAACGGGAGUUCAUCAAGUCGCUGAUGGCCAUUGGCAAGAGGCUGGUGACAUUACCCACCAAGGAACAGAAGACCCAGCGGCUCAUCUCCGAGCUGUCGCUGCUCAACCACAAGCUCCCGUCUCGCGUCUGGCUCCCGACGUCCGGCUUCGAGCACCAUGUGGUCCGUGUGCCUCACAACCAGGCCGUAGUCCUCAACUCCAAGGACAAGGCUCCCUACCUGAUCUAUGUGGAGGUGUUGGAGUGUGAGAAUUUGGAGACGUCCCCAGUGCCCGCCCGUAUCCCCGAGAUCCGGAUCCGGACUACACGCUCAGUGGAGAACCUUCCAGACUGUGCCCGCGAGCAGAGGCCCGUCAGUUUCAGCACGGUGCCCAACUACGACAAUGAUGAUGAGGCCUGGUCAGUGGAUGACAUCGGGGAGCUGCAGGUCGAGCUUCCAGAAAUCCACACCAACAGCAGCGAUAACAUCUCCCAGUUUUCUGUGGAUAGCAUCACCAGCCAGGAGAGCAAGGAGCCUGUCUUUAUAGCAGCUGGGGAUAUCAGGCGGCGCCUGUCCGAGCAGCUGGCACAUGCCCCCACCACCUUUAAGCGUGACCCUGAGGAUCCGUCGGCAGUAGCACUGAAGGAACCCUGGCAGGAGAAAGUCAGGAGAAUCCGGGAGAACUCUCCGUACGGGCAUUUCCCAAACUGGCGCCUCCUGUCUGUCAUCGUCAAAUGUGGGGAUGACCUUCGCCAGGAGCUGUUGGCGUAUCAAGUGCUGAAGCAACUGCAGGUGAUCUGGGAGGUGGAGCGGGUCCCGCUCUGGAUCAGACCCUACAAGAUCCUGGUGAUCUCGGCAGACAGCGGCAUGAUCGAGCCCGUGGUGAACGCCGUCUCGUUGCACCAGAUCAAGAAGCAGUCGCUGCUCUCGCUGCUCGACUACUUCCUGCAGGAACAUGGCAGCUACACCACCGAGGGGUUCCUGUCGGCCCAGCGCAACUUCGUUCAGAGCUGUGCUGGUUACUGUCUCGUCUGUUACCUCCUGCAGGUCAAGGACAGGCACAACGGCAACAUCCUGCUGGACUCGGAGGGCCACAUCAUUCACAUAGACUUCGGCUUCAUCUUGUCCAGCUCACCUCGGAACCUGGGCUUCGAGACGUCAGCCUUCAAGCUCACCAGCGAGUUUGUCGACGUCAUGGGAGGCCUGGAUGGGGACAUGUUCAAUUACUACAAGAUGCUGAUGUUGCAGGGACUGAUCGCAGCUCGUAAACACAUGGACAAGGUGACGCAGAUAGUGGAGAUCAUGCAGCAAGGUUCGCAGCUGCCCUGUUUCCACGGUUCCGGAACAAUCCGCCAUUUGAAAGAGCGUUUCCACAUGAACCUGACUGAGGAGCAGCUUCAGGGCCUCAUCGAGCAGAUGGUGGACGGGAGCAUGCGGUCGCUCACCACCAAACUCUACGAUGGCUUCCAGUACUUGACCAAUGGCAUUAUGUGACCGGGGCAACUGCUCGCCCUGCCCCCGGGGUAGGCGGGUGGGGGGAGGGUGAAGGCAACUGCUCAUGGACUCUCUCACCGUCCCAACACUCGGCUUCUGGUCCCGGUUCCCCGCACCCAAACUCCUGGCCUGGGCACUGAGGCUGUGUCCUGAGGGAAGGCAGGUGACCAUAGAUAGGCCUCAGGCUGCAUGUGACUUGUACAGGCUGGCUCCACUCCAUUACCCAUCCACACCCUGGCGCGCAGGCCCUCCCACACCCAUCCUCUGUCUGUCUGUCUGUCUGCCUCUCCCCACACGCAACCUGACUUGUCCCCAGGACCCUGCCUUACACACCCACACCCACUCAGUCGUUCCCCCCCACCCCCCCGCCAAAGCUCUGAGCUUGCAGCAGUUAGGGUGCAGCGGUGGCGUGGGGGGGGGUUAGUAUCUGAUGUCCCCAUCAUGUGGCUCUUGAUUCUGGCUGGUGGGGAGUGUGAUCCAAGAGAGAGAGAGUGACAGACAGACAGGGAGCGCUGUGUUUCUGAUCCUGCUGCCCUCAUACUCUGGUUACUGCCCACCUGCCCGUGUGUGUGUCUGAAUUCCCUGUUUUUCUUCCCCAGCCCUGAACACCGUUCCCCUGCUGGGUAAAGGGGACACGGAACUGAAUACAGCGUUGGCCGCUCCCUCUUUAUUCAUUUGUUUGAACUCGCUCCCUCGGCCUGCGUCAUCCCGGCAACAUGCCGAGCUGGUGAAAGAUGCUAAAGAAGUGCGGCUGCCUUCCUUUUUCUCUGAGAGAGAGAGAAACCCUGUGCUUUUCCACCUCGAGGGAUACUCCUGGCCCUUCAUGAGGGUCUCUUGCCCUGACCCUCGCUUUGACACAUUCUCUCACACGCACUGCUCAGUACUCUCGCACCCUGUUCCACGCUCUCUCUGACACACACACAGACGCGCACUCUGCUCAGUCUCCCCAGGGUACCUUCUCAGACAGAGGGAGCUUUGCGGUUUUGUGCCUGGCUGUGUGCACACCGAUCGAAGGGGUGCUUGUUUGUGUUGGGCUGGGGGGUGGGACAGGCAGGACUGGGGAUAAAUGUGAGAUGCCCAUAGCCCUCGAGGUUACUGAGCAUGGACAGCAUCUUUACUCCUUGCCUGUUGGUUGGCCGAAAGGUCCUCCAUCAGGCUGUUUGAUGUGUGAGGGAGUGUUUUGGUUACUGUCCCCACUUACCACUGGGCAUUCUGUCCGAUUUACCCUCCAUCCCCAGGAUGCUGCCAUAUUCACCCCCUUCCAACACAGUUAGGCGGAGAACAGCGUAAGAUCUUAGCAGAGAAGUUUUUUGCUCUGUAUCUAACCCCGUGCUGUCCCUGUCCCUGGGAGUGCUUGGGGUCAGUGUAGAGGGAGUUUUCUUCGGUACCUAAGCCUUAACCUCUCCCUUCCCGAGCCAUCCUGGGAGUGUUUGAUGGACAGUGUAGAGGGGGGAGCUUUCCUCCAUGUCUAGCCCCGUGCUGUCCCUGUCCCUGAGAGUGUUUGAUAGGGGGAAACAGUGUAGAGGGAGCUUUACUCUGUAUCUAACCCUGCCCCUGUCCCUGGGAGUGAUUGAUAGGGUUAGGGCUGGGACAGUGUAAACAUCUGACCUGGGACAGUUUACAGUGUGUGGUCUGUUGCAGCUGGGACCUGCCAACUGGUUCAUGUAUAACCUGUCUCUCUCUGUCUGUGUGUCUCUCUCUCUCUCUGUCUCUGUCUGUGUGUGUCUCUCUCUGUCUGUGUGUCUCUCUCUCGCCUCUCUUCUCUCCCCCCCCCCCCUCCCCCCACCCCGGCUAUGCCAAUCAAUCUGCCUCCCAGCCUAUGCCUGGCACCUUGGCAUCACCAGCAGCCCUGGGGGAGGGAGCAGUGGGGGCUGGAAGAGUUACACCUUGCCACAAUAGACCCUGCACCUUCUCCCGUGUCCCAUCUUGAUCCCUCCUCCCCAGUUCUGUCACCGAUAUUGGCACAUGCUAACAGCACCUCGCACCCCUCACUUACCCAGCGUCAUGGCACCCCUCCCUCGCCCAAACCCACCCGGGGGACCUGAUCAACUCCGCCCGACAGCGGGACACCUUUGGUGGGGAAGCAGGAGCUCACUGUUGGAGUCACGGCUCACGGAACCUCCACGCUCCAGACCGUUAAGUUUUAAGCAAACGGUGACCGGGAGCUGGGGAAAUGUUGUACAUAUUUAUAAGUGUAUUUACAUUUGCUGUUUUUUUAAUAUAUGUUAUACAUAUGAACACAUGUAUAUAAUAAGUGCGCAUUCUGAAAUUUCGAUUUCAUUCUGUUGUAAAUGUCGUAGUCCGACCUCUCCCACCCCCACCCCACAACUUCCCCUUCUCAGGCACCGGGUCUGAGCUGCUGAAAUAUCUCUCUAUUGCUGUCCUGCUGUCUCAAUCUUUAUAUCUCUUUCUUCCCCUUCUGACCCCAGUGUUUUUUUUUCUAAUUUGUGUUGUGUCUGUGUGUCCCUCUGUCUUCUCCACUCUUCCCCCCCCCACCCCCCACCACCCCUGUGUCUUUGAACGUCUCAUGUCUUAUUAAAAACCCCGACCCCGUCGUCCACCAAAAUUGA